GCGCUUUUUGGGAGGCUCAAGGAGUGGUGAGGCGGUCCCAUGCAGUCGGCAUGAGUGAGUCCCAACAGGGCGUUUGAGAUGAAGCUUCCAGAGCUGCCCAAGCGGCCCGCUGAGUGGGGCGGCGAGCUGCCGGAGGAUCCCAUCCUCUCGUCUCAGCUUCCACCACUUGCAGGCCGAGACAAAGUCUCCAAGGCCUUUUCUUCGGCAGAUUCGGGAGAGCGGAGCGCUGGCUCGCGCAAGAGCCCUCAGACAGUGCCUGCAGCUCCCGAGCUCUGCAAAGGGGAGGCUCAGAAGAUCCAGCUAGGUGCAAGACAGCAGCGCCAGUACAACAUCCUGGCCGCUCUGGGCAUUGAAAAGCAAAAGCGGAGCCAUCCACCAGGAGGAGACGAGCAUGAAAUAGAGCCAGCAUCAAAGCGGCGAAAGGAAGAAGAGAAGGGGGCCAUGCAGCUGUUCCAGCAGCUUGCGUCUCGGAUGUGGAAGCCGAGAAGGAACUCUGUGGUGGAGGGCAUCGUGGAGGAGCGUUCCCAAGGGAGGCUGCAGGUGGGGGCGGAGCCUUCAUCCUUUGAGGUCCGGCUGAAGACCUCCUCCGGUAAGGUGAAGGUUUGCUUCGACGGCCCCGCGGCCCGGGCGUUCCACCGAAGCCUGGGCUUGCAGCGAGGCGGCCGGAUUCGAAUCCAGGGCUACAACUCCCAAGUGCGGGAUGGUGUCGAGGAGCUCCAGCUCAAGGAGGUGCAUCCCGGGCUCAGCGUGAAGGUGGUGGCCACGGCAACAAUGUGCCAGUCCGAGGAGGUGCUUCAAGUCAGAGACCUCCAGGGCCACCUCCGAAAGGUACAGACAGGCGAAGCCAAAGCGGUGGUUAGCGUGGAGGCAAUCGCCAGGAGCAUUGGCAAACUUGAACAUCAAGAGCUGGCCAUGCAACCUGGCGAGUUUGCUGCCACCAGGACCAUUGAGCUUCAGUGCCUCUACUCUGAGUCGGCCUGCCUUUGGCGUCUUUGGGAUGCUCAGGCAGAAGAUCUCGCUGAUUGUUGGCAAGGUAAGCACAUCAUCAUCCACGGCACUCGCGUGAGGCAAUCCAAUGGCCCUGAGUUGACCGGCUGCGUUAGCGUGAAGCCUGCGUCUUGAUCGCAUCCUUUGAAAGCGGCUCUCUCCGUCAUAGAUGGAAAGUGAGGCUUGCAAACUUUUGGACCUGGCACACUCUGGUGCACAGCGCGGGGUAAGCAAUUGCUUCAGGCUUCACGCGCCUCACUUUUGGAAAGCCGGCUGGAUAGGCAGCACCGGAAACUUUUCGCAGGCAGGGGGA